GCAAAGCAGGAGGAAGUGGCCACUGGAGCUGCUUGUGACCCAGAAGCUGAAAUUGAAAAACACAUAAACGCAGUCGAGAGGAUAACAGAAAUAAGCAAUUUUUUUUUUUAAGAAACACGAAUUUGAAAUACUGUGAGGUGGAACACAUAUUUUAACAGGUAACAGACAUAGACACUGGCAUGUCACGAGCGUGUUGUUGACGGGGUAGCUCUGCAGAAGGUGUGUUUAUCGACUCCGCGCUGUCGUAACUGAAGAGAAAGGGGAAGCAUAAACUCGUUUCUUUUUUCAACUCUGUCAAAAUCAGAUUGCUGAGGUCCCACUCACUUCCUCUACCAGCUGUUGCCAUGGCGAUCCUCUUUGCAGUAGUGGCUCGUGGUACAACAAUCCUGGCGAAGCAUGCCUGGUGUGGAGGCAACUUCCUGGAGGUGACCGAGCAGGUACUGGCUAAGAUCCCCUCUGAGAACAACAAGCUCACCUACUCGCACGGCAAUUACCUGUUUCAUUACAUUUGUCAAGACAGAAUCAUUUUCCUUUGUAUCACAGACGAUGACUUUGAGAGAUCCCGAGCGUUUCAUUUCCUCAACGAGAUUAAGAAGCGCUUCCAGACAACGUACGGCUCGCGGGCGCAGACGGCACUGCCCUACGCCAUGAACAGCGAGUUCUCCAGCCUGCUCGCAGCUCAGAUGAAGCACCAUUCAGACAUCAAGGGCUCUGACCGUGUGACGGAGACUCAGACCCAGGUGGAUGAGCUGAAAGGCAUCAUGGUCAGAAACAUUGAUUUGGUGGCACAGAGAGGAGAAAGACUGGAGCUGCUAAUAGACAAGACAGAAAGCCUGGUGGAUUCAUCUGUCACGUUCAAAACCACGAGCAGGAACCUGGCCCGGUCAAUGUGCAUGAAAAACUUCAAGCUCACCAUUAUAAUAGCGGUGGUAUCCCUUAUUGUGAUCUAUGUCAUCGUCUCCGCAGCCUGUGGUGGGCCCAGCUGGCCAAGCUGUGUUAAAAAGUAACAGGCAGAGAAGCGCACCAUAGCAUGGGGCCCCAUUGAGGGAACAGAACUGUACAACCGACUGACUGACCGACCGAUAACCAGUCUCAGAUCUCACCUGUAACCCGCCGCCCAUUCCUUCCGUCCUCUAAUCCGUACCCAUUCAAGGACUACUGCAUCCAUGCCUGCCUUAUUAACAGAAAAAGAACCAUCUAAACAAAAACACUUUUUAUAUACUCAUUUCAUAUAGACAUGGACUCUACAAUCAUUGUACAGAUUGUGAUUCAAUUGCAGUAUCCUGGGCUGCAUUGUUAAAGAAAAAAAGAAAUUUACUGUGAAGGUGUAAAUGUUGUUCUAGAUUUCAGUUCUAAUCUUGUAACUUUACAGUCUUAUGAUACAGCAGGGAGGGUGAACGGCCACAGGGCUUGAGUCAAAGAGUUGAUCCAACGGUAGCCACUGUGUGAUAAAGUAGGGAAUAUGCUGUGAUUACCCGCUUGUAUCCCAUUUUCAGUUUUGGUUUCCUUUUUUAAUGUAGUGGUAUAUCCUCUGUAAACCUGGAUGUACAUACUGUAGCUUCUUUUUUUUAUAUAUAUAUAUAUAUAUAUAUAUAUAUAUAUAUAUAUAUAUAUAUAUAUAUAUAUAUAUAUUAGAAAAAUAGAAAUCCAAUCCCACUGAGCUAAAUAGAUUAAUACAUGAAAACACACUGAAAAGGCAGGAACCCAUCUGUGCCCGACGUGCAGAUGAAAGAAAAUGGUGAGCUGCGUCCAGGACAAUGGAAUCUGAAAUUUACAUCAAAGGCCAUUGCAGAACAUGCACUGAUGGCCGUACUACUCAUGUGAGCCCCAAUCCUGAAAGUGCAGCUGCUCAAAAAACAGAGAGAGAGACUGACAUUCUCAUGUUGAGGAUCCUAGUUCUCUAAUGUGUUCUGUGAAGUUCCUCUUCUCUACAUCAGUCAAUGGAAGAGUAGUGCUUUUUUUAAGAAGCAUGUAUUAUUUAUUUCUUUAGCUUUAAUUUUUUUAUAUAUUGACUAUAUUGCCUCCAACCCCCUUUUCCUUGAUGGUAGCAGCAAUCCACGUGAUUCAUUUACUAAUCGUUAAGACCUCUUAUGGCUAUAAUUUAAAUGAUAAAUCCAGGUAAUCCACUGAAGUUAUCAUCACAUGCUCAAAGGCCCCAUUCAAUUCGCUGUUAGUAAAGGUACGUUUGUGUUAAAUGCACUUAAAAAAAAUCCCUGUUCUGAAAGAAAAUGGGGGGAAAAAAAACUAACACCAAGCUAAUCUUUCAAAGGCUGGUUUGUGUCAGGUAGAAAUUCUUAAAACUAUUCAUUUAUAAAACACUUUAAAAGUUCAGUUAAUUUCAGUUAAUUUCAUGUCUUACUUUUUUUUUUUUUAACAAAUACAUUCUGGGCAGCCCAGCUACUACUACAUCCAUGUGUAUAUCGUAAGGGCUUGUGUUUGAACCUGGAGAGGGACUGAGGCUUGUGGAGGUCAAGUUAUUUCCCCCGCCUCAGUGGUUGAGCUGUAGUUUGCAUUGACCUUUAAUCACUUCAGUAAGAAUUUGAUGUGCAUGUCAUUUUACACUGGGGAAUUGACAGUGUUUCUAAUGAGAACUGUGCAUAGAGAAGCUGAAGUCCAACCCCACUGUUCACCAGGUAAUCCGCUGAAGUUAUCAUCACUCACUCAAAUUCCCCAUUCAGUUCACUGUUAGUGAAGAUACGUUUGUGUUUACUGCACUUUAAUAAAAAAAAAAAGGUUUUUUUGGUUAUUUAACCCCUGUUUUAAAAGAAAAUGGAAAAAAUAAAGUGUUAUAAAGAAA